AUGGCUGUCCGAGGCUGGAUAUCAUUCUGGUGGCUGCCCAUCAUCUCCGCCCUCGUCUGGUUCGGCAUGCUGCUCGGCAUGCUCCUGCACUGGAUCAUCAACGACCACGCGCGGCCCUACGACUACCAGAACCAGGACAUCCGCAUCGUCUUCAUCUCCAACAUUGGCGCCGACGUCCUGAAGCCGCUCUUCAUCGCCGGCUCCUGCGUCGUCUGCCUCUUCCUCGACCUGUCCAUGCUGGCCGCGCGCUGGCUGCGCCACCGCGGCCGCCUCGUGCCCAACUCGUCGCGCGGCGAAAAGGCCCUCGCCGUCGGCACCAUUGUCUUUGCCGUCAUCGGCACCGCCGGCCUGAUCCUGCUUUCCAUCUUCGACACAAAGCACCACCGGAAGCUGCACUACCUCUUCCUACUCUUCUUUCUCGCGGGCUACAUGCUCUCGGCCAUUUGCACCUGCUGGGAGUAUCAGCGUCUGGGCAUCAAACACAGAGAACAUCGCGACCUCCGCACCUCGUUCUGGGCCAAGCUCGCCGUUGUGCUGGUCGAAGUCAGCCUGGCUAUCGCCUUUGUCGCCACCAACUUUACCAGCCACGAUAAUGUCGCCGCCGUUCUCGAAUGGGUCGUUGCCUUCCUCUUUACGUUCUUCAUCCUGUCAUUUGUCAUUGACCUCUACCCUGCUGUCGCCACCAAACCGCACAUGGCACGGUAUGGGAAGCGCAACCCCCACGAAAUGGAAGAGGCUAGCGGCGCCACGACGCCGCACCGCUACGCAAACGGCAAUGCCCCCAACACCACGGGCGCGUUCUAA